AAUAUCAGUUACACACGGAAAGGAUUUAUCAUAUGUUAAAAGGGAUUGAACACUAUCAUAAUCCAGACCGGCAGGAUGCUUUUAUAAUCGAAAAACAUUUAAUAGAAUCCAACGCUCACCUAAUUUAUACAAAAACUUUGCUGCGCAGACAUUUGACGCAGUGCAGCAUGGAAGUGUCACGCAAAUCAACGAAUUUCGUUCUGCCCAAUACGCAGCCCAUUGGAGACUUAAAUUGCAAAAAUGCAUUUGAAAGUCUGACGGACAAGGAGAAGCUUUAUGCGCAUUACCUGAGCAAAGCGUCGUGGAAUGGUGGGCUCAUUUCGCUCAUACAGUCAAGCCCUGAGGCGCCGCUAAUCUUCUCACUACUGCAUCGCAUCUUUGUAGCUGAGAAACCCGCCGAGCUGAAGGUCAAAGCCAUACAGUCAGGUGUGUCUGAAGAUGACUUUACGGCAUUUCUUGUAUACACAUGCGGUGUGUUCGCUAAUACUGGUAACUACUUGGGCGUGGGAGAUAGCAAGAUUCUACCCAAUAUCAGCAAGGAUAAGUUUGAUGCUAUUGUGCACUCCUCUGCAGCAUUUGCAGCUGACCCACGCGUUGCAAAGAUCUAUGAAAAUGUCAAAAGCCUCAUCUAUGAGCUGGAAUCUCGCAAUGAAAUACUUGGCUUUUCACCGAAUGGUGUAACAGCAUACUGGUCCGAUAACUGCACUAAAAAGGACUCGGAUAUAGUCAACUCCUGGCUUACAUCCAAACGCAUCGAGCCUUACAUGUGUCGCACCUUCAAAAUCGAGGAGAAUGGCCAGACAGUCUAUGAUGUCAAGCUGGGUUCUAUUGCACAAUCCACCAAGGAUGGUAUCACCUUGCCUCUGGAGCAGUAUAAAGGACAUAAUUUCCGCGUAACACGCGGCGAUUACCAACCAUUGCUGCAGCGUGUCAAUGAAAACUUGCAACAGGCCAAAAAGUACGCCGCCAAUGAAAAUGAAUCCAACAUGAUUGAGCACUAUAUCAAAUCCUUUGAAGAAGGCUCUUUAGCUGACCACAAAGAUGGCUCUAGAUGGUGGAUUAAGGACAAGGGACCUGUUAUUGAAACGUAUAUUGGUUUCAUUGAGACUUAUCGUGAUCCUGCAGGUGGACGUGCUGAAUUCGAGGGAUUUGUGGCUAUGGUAAACAAGGAAAAUUCUGCCAAAUUUGCUGAAUUGGUUAAUCGUGCAGAAGAACUCUUACAAUAUUUGCCUUGGACACAACCUUAUGAAAAAGACGUGUACUUGAAACCAGAUUUUACAUCGCUCGAUGUGCUCACAUUUUCUGGCAACAUGGUACCUACAGGCAUCAACAUACCCAACUAUGACGAAAUCCGUCAGGAUGAGGGCUUUAAGAACGUGGCCUUGGGAAAUGUACUGGCUAACAUAAAUCAAAAAGACCCUAUUGCAUUUCUAUCGGAAGCCGAUCAGACGCUGAUGAAAAAAUACAAAGUAAAAGCAUAUGAGCUGCAAGUGGGCAUACAUGAAUUACUUGGACAUGGCAGUGGCAAACUGUUCCGCAUUGAUGAGAAUGGCGCUUACAACUUUGAUGAGAAGAGUGUGAAAAAUCUUAUUACAGGCGAGUCCAUUACCAAGUGGUAUCUACCGGGCGAAACAUAUGAUACGAAGUUUGGCGCUAUUGGUUCAUCAUACGAGGAGUGUCGUGCCGAGACUGUUGGUCUCUAUUUGUGCUUGCAACGCGAAAUUUUGGAAAUAUUUGGCUAUAAGGAUGUUGCACAACAGGACGAUAUUAUUUAUGCUAAUUGGCUACAUCUUAUUUGGAGCGGCAUGUGUGAUGUUGUGGAUUAUAAUCCCAAAUCAAAGAUGUGGUUGCAAGCGCAUUCGCGUGCUCACUUUGUUAUCAUGAGAGUGCUGUUGGAGGUGGGUGAAGGCUUCUUUACCAUUGAAGAGACUGAAGACGGUAAGAAUCUGCUGCUUACAUUAGAUCGCAGUAAGAUUCAAACUGUUGGCAAGAAAGCGCUUGGAGAUUUCCUCACUAAAUUGCAAGUGUAUAAGUCAACAGCGGACAUUGAAGCCGCUUCCAAAAUUUACGAACAUUUCUCUGAGGUCAAUGAGGACGGCACUCAUCCUUGGGCCAAGUGGCGUGAUAUAUGCCUGGCGCAUAAAAAGCCAAGAAUUAUCUUGGUGCAAGCCAACACCAUGGUCAAUGGUGAUAAGGUCGAGCUGAAGACCUAUGAGCCAACCCACGAAGGAUAUAUACAAUCUUGGGUCGACCGUUAUCCCUCUACUGACGUUGAUGAAGUGCUGGAGAGUAUUGUUGAGCAGGAUAAAAAGUAUUUCCCCUUGGCGUUUAAAAACUAAGCUAAUGUUCAAGAAGAAAAUAGUAAACGCUCAAUGCUUAAAUAAUACUUAAUGCAUUUAUAAAAGCAAAAAUUA